AUGGAUGCCAUGCGAAGAUGUGGUGGAAUGAUUAUCUACAUGGGCUUUUUGGUGUGGACGACAUGUUCAGCAGCACCAAUGCAGUGUCACUUCAACUCUCAAGCUCUGUGUGAGUAUGAAGGGAAGCAGUACUCUAUGGGAGAGAGCUGGAUGGAGCAGGGCUGUGUGCAGUGCACCUGCCUGCACCCCGUGGGAGUGGGAUGCUGCGAGACUGUCCAUCGGCCUGUGGACUUCCCUCCCUGGUGUGAAGUUCGAGUUGAAUCUCUGACUUGUCAGGUCACACUGGUGAUGACGUCUGAUCCUCGUCUGCUCUGCAUUCCUGGAGAAGAGAACAACAUUGACCCAAUACAUGGAGCCAUGAACAUGCUGGCAGGUUAG